AUGCGCUCUACCUCCACCCCGUACAUCCCAUCUAGUAUCACGGAUAGUAUGGCUCAUCGGCGAACUAUGACACAUGGAAGUCUUGAAAGGCUGUUCAAGUCGCACGUCCCACCAGAUGUAACGCCCCGGCUCUCAUUUCAACCACCUGGGCUGCAGUUCCAUCCCUUCGUACCACCCGAACCUUCGACUCGUGCACCUUCUCCAGUCCUCUCUGACUUAGACGGCUCGAUAGAGCGUACACAUCCCGAUAACGUCGCACGGUGGCUCGGUGUGGACUCUGUGCCUCGUAGUGCUGACGCGGCGAACAAUGAGAGUAAUGCACGCACUCUCAAUCCGAACGCUGAGCAAUUCAGACUUCCCAUGCAAGAUACCUCGCCGGCAUCUCUGCCUGCUCCUCCGCCCUUUCGGCAUCCUCCGCCAGGACUCCCUCCUCCUGUGCUUAUGCGCCCGCCACCAACGAGCCGUCAAUUCACUCCUUCCGCUGGACCGAUGCCAGACCCCCGCAUGUUUCCUCCGCCUCCGCCUCCUGUAUACCAUUCUUCUGUGCCUCAACUAUCUCCACCACCACCUAUGCGACAUUCUUAUGCUCCGCCACGACCUAUGCCUCCCCCUCCUAUGCGCAUGCAUGCGAAUCCGCACUUUGUACCACCAUCUGCAGGCCCUCCCUUCCCUCAACGCAAUCCUCCCCCUCCUCCUUUCAAACCGACACCUAUGCGACGCCAGACCGCGCCUCCAGAUGUCGUAGCGAGGCAAGGGCCGCCCGUAUUUCAGCCGGAUCCAGAGCUCGUCCCCGAGUAUCAGAUCGAGCCUCUACUUCCACCAAUCCCCGAGGCAAAGAAGAAACGCUCAAGACAUCGGCGUUCAGUUCAAUCACCGGAGGACGCGCCCGACUUGGACGAGGCUGAGGGCCCGUCGUCCGUCUUCGAAGAGACGCCGCCUUCUGGACCGUCUGAAGGAGAAAGCUUCGUUUACGCGUACAGCGCCGUGAACAGGAGAAGCCGACAGGCGGGCGCACGAUAUAGCAUCUGGUGGGGACCGGACGACGUGCGUAAUCGGACGUCGCGGGUCGAAGCUCACUGUGAGAUCGAUGGAGCUCUGCUUGCUAUCGUGCUGGCUGUGGAAGAUGCUCUGCCAUAUGCGCUGGACCCCAACACAAGGGUGGUGGUGAUCACCUCGAACACAAAUGCGGCAGACGUGAUCAAUAGCCCCCGUGUUGUAUCCUCUUCCACCGAAUUCGCUGCCACUGUCUCCACGCUGGCUUCCUACCACAUCCGGACGCUCAUCGCCGCUGCUUCUGCGCACAUCACCGUCCGCGCUCAUCCAGGCGUCAGGAGACACCGUACCACCAAAGAGUGGGCCGAACCGCAAAGACUCGCUAGCGAAGCCGCCACAGCAGCAGACGCCGGGCUACCCAGACUCGUGCUAGACGGGCGAAGGCGAGUGGAUGUGCUUGGGGCGAUCAUGGGCAAGAGCGCGGCGCGUCGGGCGUUAGCUCGAGUUGAGGCUCUACAGAACGGGUCAGCGAGCCCGAAGACUGCGAAAGACGAUCUUGCAGAUGCCGAAGAGCAGGACUUCCAUGCAUCUGAGAAGGCGGUCCUCGUUGCAGACGGCGAUGAAGUAGGUGAUAGGGACUCGAGUCCGGACUCGAGCGGCUCUCUUGCGUCUUCCGAAGAGCUGCACCCCGCAGGAAGAAACGCGCCCCCGGCUAUUGGAGACACGACCGAUGCUCACUCUUCCUGCGCUUCUCCCUCCUCGGCGAAAGACGACGUUCUGGAUGAUGUCGCAAUCCCCAAACGCGUGAUCAUACCUCAAUUUAAACGCACUCCAUCGCCGUCGUCCAACGCCUUGCCGCCCCUUGAUGCCCUUGUUCCUUCAGGUCUCUCAGGAGAUGCACGCCCAGCUCGCCGCGCGGUACCAGUCAAACGCAGGGGACGUGAACACUCAGACAAGCCUAUGAAACGACGACGAGUGGAGGAGGCGCGUUUACCAGUGGUUCGUUCCUGGAGGAAGGAACGCCGUGACCCGCAAGUCGCAAUCCCUGCCCAGAAAUCGUGUAUGCCGUUCACUAGGCCGUCUUUGAAGCGGCCUCGGAGCCCCUCCCCUGCCGUCGCCUCCGAUUCCAACGGCAUGACGAAGGAAGAUCUCAACAAGAUGCCUGCUCGUGACGAGAACGAUUUGGGGUCCGACGCACAACAGCAGCCUGAUGCAAUCGGGGCGAACCCAAUUCCAGAUGCCGCUAUCUCUCCGAUACGCACAAACCAACAUGUUACGACUGUCACGCCUCGCCAACGCUCAGCUUUCAAUACUCUGCUUGUAUUCGCUGUCGCACUUACCAUCUUCGCUUUGAUACUUGCUUCACCCGCUGCGAUAUUCGAACUCUCGAUCUACCCACUUCGUAUCUGA